GUGUUCACAUUUUUCUCAUAUUUCCCUCUGUUGACUUAACAUUUCCCUCAGUCGCUUAACAUUUCGAAGUGGAGAGCUUUUGCCUCAGUUAUUCUCAGUCAGUUGCUUCGCCAUGGGGUCUCUCGCUCUCCCCCAAUUACAAAUUUCCCAGCAACACAGCAGCACUUCGGCUCGACUUUCGUUAAGUGGCGAGUGCCCUCUCACUGGCUGCUCCACCCGAUGGCAGCCGAAUCCUUCGGACUCUGGCAGCCUCCUGCUGCCGGCGACAUCAUCGUCGUACUGCUGCUGCUGCUGCUGGGACUCCGGCUAGGGCCGACAGCUUUCUGCCGCUGAGGCUUCAGUUACGUUGAUAAUGUCAAAUCGCUUGGUUCGCUGUGCUGCUGCCUGCGCUGCCGUUGCUGACACCCCUCACGAGGACUACGACUUCGACCAGUGCCACGACCAGUGCCAGGAGCAGGUCCAGGACGACUAUUACUACGACAACAACGGUGGAGACACGGGCUUGGGCUACGAGGACGAUGGCGACGACGGCCAACGAGUAAAUAAAUUAAGCGACGAGCAACAGCAAAGUAAAUAAUACGAGCAGCAGAAAACAAAGCAAACCAAAUGAAUUAGCAAUACAUAAAAAGUUAGCAAUCUAAAUAAGAAAAGCAAACACACAGCACACUUGCAACUGCAACUCCAACUGCCGGCUAAAACGUAAAAGGUAAAACGUAAAAGUGUCAGAAUUUGUGAAAAUUAAUAUUUCACCAGAGAUUUGAGUGCUUGAGUGCAAACAAACAAAACAAACCGAAAAAUACCGAACAAAAACACAGAACAAACCAAACAGCAAACAGCAAACACAUAACAGAGAACAGAGAACACAGAAGCUGAAGCCAAAGCCGAAACAGGACAAACUUUUCGGUUUACAAAAGUUUUAUUUUACACACUUUGUUCACCCAGUUCCCGUGCUCGCGUAAAAUUAUGAAAAAUAUGUGAAAAAUGUGCAGAAUCCACAAAAUACUCGUACAAGAAGAGCAGCAACAAAGGCGACACAAACGGCAACAACAAGAACAUUAGCUGGGAGCCCGCCCCUGACAUAGGUCAAGCCACUCCGAGCCGGAGAGGUACGAGGAAUUUUUUCUGGUCUGUCCCGGAAUCCCCUGACGUUUCUUUUCCACUCUGUGCGCGCCAGUGCCAGUGCCGGUGUUCGUGACUGUGUGCGGGAGGAGUAGUGCGGGAGUCCCUGUAACGUGCUAAAAUUAGCUAAUUUAUUGCUCAGACUACAACAAUCACAACAAUUACAACCAACCCAACAACAAGAAACCAACAGGAACAACAAACCCUUGGCAGUCAUAACAUUUGCCGUGGCUGCUGGUGCAGGCCCCAAAGCUCCACUCCAGGACUCUGAGUAGCCAGAAGGACGUCACUGAAGGAGGCAGAUAGAAACCAAAUACAAUUGACAUUUAUUGGCCAAUAUAUAUUUAUAAGGCCCGAACGGAAGUGGCCGAAAACCCCGAAAGGAGCGAGAGAAUAGCCACACAGACUGGAGACUGGCUAUAAAAAAGGAGCAAAGAUACGAAAAAUAUAUAUUUCAAUGCUGUCGAAGCUGCAUAAAAACUGUCCAGCGACAGGCCAAGGGGCAGCUCCUCCUCCACGCCACAUGCAAAUGUCCGCAAGGAGAGCAGCAGCGAGUGGGAAGCGGACGGCCACGAUGCCGUCGCACCGACAACAAACUGGGCGGGGCUGCAUCUGCUGGCUGGCCGUGAUCGGACUUCUCGUGCUGGUUCCUGAUUUUAUUGCGGCACUCAAGGAUGUCUCCGUAAUGAUACCACAGGCAGUGAAACGUGGCAGUAAUGCCUUGUUCACGUGUAAUUACGAUAUGGAAAACGAUACUCUAUAUUCGGUGAAAUGGUAUAAGGGUAAGCGUGAGUUUUAUCGCUACACGCCCAAGGAGAAUCCGGCCAUGAAGGUCUUCGCCAUGACAAGUGGUCUCAAUGUUGAGCGCAACCUUUCGAAUCAAAGUCAUGUCGUGCUGCAGUCGGUGCCGUUGAAUAUUUCGGGCAAAUUUACAUGCGAAAUAUCCGUUGAGGCGCCCACAUUCCAAACCGCCAUGGUGUCCGGCGAAAUGGAGGUGGUUGAGCUACCGGAAGAGCACACCGUGGUCACCGGGAUACAGGCGCGCUAUCGCAUUGGCGAUUUGGUCGAUGGCAAUUGCUCAAUUAAAUACUCGAAACCGGCUGCUAAUUUGACAUGGACUAUUAAUGGUAUUGUGGUGCCACCGCAUCACAUCAAGACGUAUCAGAUUGAGAAACAGGAGAAUACCACACUGGAAUCGGUUACAAGUGCCAUACAUUUCAUGGUCACCACUCAGCAUUUUCUCAAGGGCCAGAUGAGGCUCAAGUGCACGGCCAAUAUCUUUGACAUCUUCAAGGAGGAAAUGGAGAGUGUUAUUGAGGAGGACAGACCCAGGAUAAUGGCCUCCGGCAGGUCGUACGAUAUCAACAACUAUCCGCUCGAUGAGCAUACGAAUGGCGAGAGAGGCUUCGAGGAUCACAAUGAAUCAUAUUUGACAUACUAUUCGGCGGAUAAUAGUGCAUCAGGCGCUUCGACAGCUGCACAUGAAAUCUUUUGGCACGUCUGGCCAUCGAAGCUCGGGGCAGCACUUCGGAUCAGACUCCACAUCAACAGGCAGCUGGUGGGGGCGUGGCCGUGGGACGCACUCGGUGCCUGGAUUACGCAAGCAGCGGAUCCAGGAGCAGCUACAGCUCUUUUGUGUCUGCUAGGGCUGCUGGCCCAUCAAAUUAUCAACUGUCAAUACACAAAGAAAUCGACAGCGACAGCAACAGCGACAGCGACAGGAACAUCGAUGGGGCAGCAGCAGCAGCAGCAGCAACCGUUGCCAGUCGAAGCGGAGGCUGUGACAAUGUCAAAGGCGGCCAAAUCCGCAGCUAGAGCGAGCGUCAAAUGCUUUUAUAAUUGUCAAAUGGCAAUGGCAAUGGCAACAUACAAUCCCCAUCCCCACAUGAAAAUCCAGGAGGAGAAGGAUGAUGUGAAUGGAACUGGGACUGAGACUGAGACUGGGACCGUGGAGGGAGACGAUGAUGAUGCGAAUGUUGCAAGUGUGGCAAAUGCCGGCGAUGAUUUAACUGCAACUGCAGCGGGAAUGGCAAAGGCUAAGGGCAAAGAAAGGGGAGCUGCAACAGUGCCAUCUGGAGUUGCCGUUAAGCGACUGUCAGCGACACUUGUGGGCGUGGCACGGCCCUGGCUGGAUCAACGAUUAUUGAUGACUCGACGACGGAAGAUGUGGAAGCCUGUUCUGGGGGACUCCGACUGCCUCUCGUGCUGAUGCCGAAUUGAUGAUGAAAUCCAUUUCCAAAAGUAGCUUAAGGUGUUUGCCCACUUGUGCUACAGUGAAGCCUCUCUCUCCUCUUCUCCCUGUCUUCCUAUCCCCACCCUACCAUCAUUUUCAUGCCCGGCAAAGUGAAAAGUUGGAGGAAAUAAUUAAUAUAUAUGAAUAUUAAUUGGAAUCGCCAGCUGGAUGGCUGGAUGCCUGGGACGCUGUAGUUCGUAAGUGUUAUGCAUAAGGUCAGGGCCGAAGAAGGAGCGAGAAUAAUUAAAUAUAGCCAGAAAGGGAAGACCUUCGAGGAAUCAUUGAAUAAUAACAGGAAAUAUAGUCUUAUACGAGCAUGUAUUGUAUUGUAUUGUAAGAUGAUGAAAAGGUAUAUGAAAUAUGCAUAUAACUAGAUGAUAAAAUCGGUAAAAUAGUGUAAACAUCGACCCUGGCACAACCCUACGGUUUGAGAGAAAUGCGUGUGUGAAUUAGUAUUUUGUUGUUGCUGAAAUUCAAUUCAGAAAAAAUACACAAUGGUAACAGUCAGUCCCUUCAAUCAUUGAUGGUAUGUUACUCUUCGUGAAAGGCAACAUUAAUAUGAUUUGUUUGGAAGUAAUAUGUGGGAUUGCUUACGAAUGAUGACACCCUUUCAUGGAUUUGUAUUCUGCAAAUUGCAGUGAUUCAAAUGUACAUAUUCUACUCCGUUUGAGAUUCAGUGUAUUCAGAAUUCAGCUGCAUUCUUAUAAGCAAAUACAGCUUGCAACAAAGCUUUUAAAGCUUGAGUUCCGAAGGGAGACAGAGCAAGAAUAGUCAAACCAACAACAACAACAACCAAAACAAACAAACCUUGCUAAUCGAAGCAACAUCAACAACAUUUACAGUUCUUUAUGGUUUUGUGUGACGAUCUUCAGUCACAUAUUAAGCUUGCAUAUUCAAAGAACAACAACGCUACAGUCGAAUCUCGCUAACUUGAUCUUGGCUAAUGCAAUUUGGUAAGAGUACAUUAUUUCGUCGAAUGAGAAACCAGUUUAUCAUUAAUCGACCUGUAAACGAAUUACCUAGAAAAUAAUAUUUCUUCACUUGUACAUUCAUCUGAAAGGUGGUUCCACGUAGCCAAGUUUGACUGUAAAAAGAAGAAUAGCAAUACGAAGAAGAGUGAAAACGAAACCUAUACGAUGUACAGCAAGUUGAUUUUUGGACUGCACUUCGUAAGCUUCUUAGGCCAAUUAGGCAAUGCUGUUGAAGACUGUGUGACACUUCAGACUCCAGCUACUGACUGGCUACAUAAACCUAAUGGGAAAGCGACGUACUUAGAAGGAGAUUAAACUAUUGGUGAGAUGGGUUUAUACAUCAAAAUUGCUAAAUUUUAAAUGAAUGGAAUUAAAUUAAUUUAAUAGGAAAGGAUUACUGCUGAUACAGACCAUUUUCCAAGAGAGAAAAUUAAUUAUCUCCCCGUCGUUCAGUAGAAUCGAAAGUAGGUGUCACACAGGCCUAGAAAAACAAACCAAACUGUUUUUUUAUUCGUGAUUAUUCAUUAUGUAAAUAUAGUUUUAGAAACUCCAGACAUUGAAAUUAUUAACCUAAAUAUGAUACAUAUGAUAUAAUAGAAGCACUGUAUAGAAAGGAACUUUUUACGGGUUUGGAAAAAAGCGAAAUUAAUUAUGAAAACAAUUGACAUUGAUUUGUAGAAGACAGAAAAUAGAACACAAGAAUACUAAAAUAAAAUUGAUUUUCAACUUAUUAUUUGUCAAUAUAUAAAAUCAAAGAAAUAUGAAGAUUAUUUAAAAAUUUUUGGCCAACAAAAAUCCAGCGGUAAAUAGUUCCUUUGCCUUGAAAAUAAAUCAAUGUUAAUGUAAUUGGUAAACAAAAAAAAAGAGUACCGAAAAUGUUGUAAAUUGAAUGGAAACCCCUAAGGGAAGCAAAUAUAAAUUAAAGUAUAACAAAUAAAAUAAUAAUUAAUUAAAGCUAAGCCUACAUUUGUACAUAGUAACCGAGAGUAUGGAGUACUCUUGAGAGGAACUUCAGGAUAUGUAAAUGUUAAAAUAAAAAUAAAAUAUACAUAUUUAUGUGGAAUGCAUGCGCUCAGAUUUUUCUAAUCAAAACGUGUUGUGAAAAAUGUCUUCCCUAAUUUACAUUCUCUGCUCAAUAAAUUGUUGGUAAAUUCCAUUUUUACCCUAAGUUCUCAUAUGGUUUCGGUUAUGUUAUGGUACAUAAUCAUAAAAGAGGAGACAUAAAAGAUUGUAACAAAAAAUUCAUUUAGUGUACAUAGAAAUACGAUUAUUGCUGCAAUAAAUGUAUCUUCAUUUCGAUUGUUUUUCAAGCGAAAGAAAAAUGCAGCCAAAAAUAAAUGUUGUUAGCUGAUAAGACCGCAAAACUAGUUCUAGAUUUGUAAUGGUAACCAAGUGUAAGUAAAUGGUAAAGCAAAUGUGUUUUCCAUUGAAUAUACAAUAUUCAUAUCCCAAUCAAUAACCGAACACGUGUAAAGCCAACAUAGAUCUAGAGACGCCCUAGAGCCGUAAGUAAUCAUACGAAUAACAGUGAUGCAGGAACGCAGAAAUGAAAUAAAAUAGACCCUAAUCAAUAAAGCAGGCAUAUGAUGUAAUAAUUUAAAAAAAAGAAUUAUUGUAAAAAGUAAUUUGAACGCAGAAUUGGAAUAUACUAAUAGUACUUAUG